AUGAUAGCACUUCGUGAGAAGCGUGAUAUUCGAGAUUAUGAUCCAAGCAUAAUUAGAGUCGAAUUUAAAAAAACGUUACAUCCGGAAAAGUCUCAAAAGCGAUCAAAGCAGCUAGAACUCUGGAAAAUGAUAACAGUGGCAUCGUAUUAUGAGAAACUUAUGAAUUCCACGCGAUCACGUAACGUCCGACAAGCAGUUGUCUGUAUAAGAGAGCUCGAUGCUGCAGCAGAUCGAAUUAAUUCCACUAUAGAAACUUUUGAUCAGAUUACUAAUGAAGUUAAUAAUGAAAUCGGUUGCUGUACGGAAAAUUUCACGAAGUCUUGGAUUACUGAGACCGAUACUCUUGAAAACAAUCUUUAUCAGCUAUCAGUUCAAUUGCAGAAGCAGCAAAAAGCAAUUAAUAAUGUUGCGAGUCAUUUUUCAGAAAGUAUAAAAAUGAUAAGUGGUAUAAAUGAUAAUCGUAAAGAGCAUAAAAGUUUACUCGAGAAGUGUCGUAUCAUCGAUAUUAACAUAUUAACGUUAGCUAAACUUGCCCGUUUACAAAACCGUAAAAUGAUAGCUCCGGUAAAGGAACGUUGGUCAGUGGAAGAUUUGAAAACACUUCCUCUUGCAAUUAAUGAGUUGAAUAAAGUUGUAACAAAUUUGAAUGAUUUACGAAAGAUAUGCAAAAUAAUCGCACCGACAAGUUUAACCGAUGAAAAGGAUAUUGCAAAUUUGAUUCAUCAAGCUCAAAAACUUCGUCGAAUUUUAGAGAUUGAUAAAACGAUAAUAAAAUCAUCCAUAUGA